UACAGCCCUCGGGGCUGGGAAUGGAGUGGGUCACUAGCAUAUGUAAGGUCCCCAGCUUCCUUCCCACCACUGCAGAAAGACAACAGAAAGACCAGCCUGUAAACGGAAAGUAGCAAACGUAAAUAAUGCGUGCGCUUCAGUGAGUAGCUGGCAGGAAGGUCAGUUGGGGUGAUAAGGAUGUCAGGAAGUAGACAGGGUUGGCACAUGACCUAGAGAAACAACAGCGAGGAAGAGACCAGCAGGAGGCUGUUCUGCGCUCUGCCUUCCAGCCAGCAAGUCCCGGAGCACCCGCCUUUGGUUCAGCUGGUGAUGAGAUGGGGGCCGGUCAGUCUAUGUGCUUCCCGUCCAUCUCCGGGCCCCACCACAUUGGCUGCACGGAUGUGAUGGAGGGUCACAGUCUUGAGGGGAGCCUCUUCCGACUCUUCUACCCCUGCGAAGCAUCAGAGACGUGCGAGCAGCCCCUGUGGAUUCCCCGCUAUGAGUACUGCGUGGGUCUGGCUGACUACCUGCAGUAUAACAAGCGCUGGGUGGGGCUGCUGUUCAACGUGGGCAUGGGAUCCUGUCGCUUGCCUGUUAGCUGGAAUGGCCCCUUUAAGACAAAGGAAUCUGGAUACCCUUUGAUCAUCUUGUCCCAUGGCCUAGGGGGCUUCAGGGUGUCAUACUCGGCCUUCUGCAUGGAGCUGGCCUCCCGUGGCUUUGUGGUUGCUGCCAUAGAGCACAGGGACCAGUCAGCUGCAGCCACCUACUUCUGCAAGCAGACCUCCCAGGAGAGCUCGCCCGCUGAGUCUCUGGAGGAGGAAUGGAUCCCCUUCCGUCGGAUCAAGGAAGGGGAGAAGGAAUUCCAUGUUAGGAAUCCCCAGGUGCACCAGCGGGCGAAAGAGUGUGUGCGCGUGCUACAGAUCCUUCAGGAUGCCUCUGCUGGCAAGCCUGUCACCAAUGUCUUCCCAGGAGGACUGGAUCUGAUGACCUUGAAGGGCAGCAUCGACAUGAGCCGCGUGGCUGUGAUGGGACACUCCUUCGGAGGGGCUACGGCUAUUCUUGCUUUGACCCAGGAGGCCCAGUUUCGGUGUGCUAUAGCCCUGGACGCUUGGAUGUUCCCUCUGGAACACGACUUCUACCCCAAAGCCCGGGGCCCUGUGUUCUUUAUAAACGUCGAGAAAUUCCAGACAGUGGAGAGCGUGAACUUGAUGAAGAAGAUAUGUGCCCAGCAUGAGCAAUCCAGGAUCGUGACUGUCCUAGGCGCUGUUCAUCGGAGUCAAACUGACUUUGCCUUUGUCACGGGCAACAUGAUUGGUAAACUCUUUUCCAGCGGCACGCGUGGGACUUUGGACCCUUAUGAAGGUCAGGAAGUCAUGGUGCGGGCCAUGUUGGCCUUCCUGCAGAAGCACCUCGACCUGAAGGAGGACUAUGAUCAGUGGAACAGCUUCAUCGAAGGCAUUGGACCGUCGCUCAUCCAAGGGGCCCCACACUAUCUGUCCAGCCUCUAGGUUGCUUGACCUGAGUUUUCACUUAGGAGCUGCCCAGGGAUACUUGCAACCUAUUGGCAGGACCUUUCUCCCCAGAAUGAGAAGAUAUAUAUAAUCAGAGCGCUGACUGGGCAACCGAAUACUUUGCCCUUGGGAUUGUUGAUCUUAAAUGCACCUCAGAACAGAUUGUGGAUGGUCGCUGGCUGAUUGGGAAGCUGAUUUUUUUUUUAAAGUCAAGGACUCGUGACCCAGACUGGCUCUGAACUUACUGCAUAACGAAGAUGGCCUUCUUUCUGAAUGACAGACGUUACCACCAGGCCUGGCUUGUAUUCAGUGCUGGGGACUGGAGCUGAUGCGAGUCACUGUGCCUGACUAGAGUUAGACUAUGAAGUGCUUAGGUGCUGAGGCCCUGUUCUCGGUAGUCCCCACCUCUGUCCCGGGUUUGCCUUAAGUAAGAACAGUGUUUACCUACUCAGCCGAGUUCUCUCUUGGCUUGGGCCAUUUCUAAUAUUCCGGCUAUGCAGUUUAUCAUGUGGAACCCAUACCACUAGGUGCCAUUCCCUCUGUGCCACCAUAACCCCACGGCCAGUCUUUUUGGCAUCCCAGAGCACAUCUCAAGGAAAACACACUGGAUCUGUGGUACCUACUUUGGACUGACUUUACAGUGGUUCGCCUAUAAAGGCUGGGCAGACCACUGUACUAACUGACCACAUCCCCUACUCUUGGCCAGCUAACUUUCUUAGGCUGAACUGAGAGACUCAGUCAUAGGCUGAGACUGGCUGAGCCCCCCGAGCCCCAGGCGGAGCCCCAGGCGGAGCCCCGUGGAGCCUGAAUAUGACCACUUGGCUGGGCGAGCCCUCUCUCUCACCUUGGGCAGUUGUUGCCUCAUGAAGCCAAAGGCCUGACAGACACACCUUAGGGCUUCCAGCCCUGCCUGGUGCUCUCCACAUGCCCUCUCUCUCUCUCUCUCCAGGGCAGUCUUCCCACUGUGUGAAAUACAGUAGUGGACACUUUUUUUUACUGUCAAGCUUAGAAGCCCAUGUGGGGCAGACAGUAUUGUCCUCAAAACACAGACACCAAGAAGCCCCUCAGAGGCUCAGUGUCUUAGAGAUCUCCCAAGUAUUUCUUGUCAGGAAACAUCCUGAGUGAGUUGAGAUGGGCUUGAACUAUUAACAGAGCGGAGUUGCCAUUUGCACAGGCCUCAGAGGGCACCGGGUUGGCCAGCUCAACUCCGGGAAUGUUCUAGAGAAGUCUGAGGGCAGCUUGGUCUUGCCUCUUAUUCCAAACCGGGGUGCUUUAGUUGUCUGUCUUGCUUUGUUUCUGGUUUUGUUUUGUUUUUGUUUUUCCUUUUUUUUUUUCUUUCUUUCUUUCUUUUUUUUUUUUUUUUUUUUUUUGAGGCCAUCCCCCAAUUUAAGUCAGGGAACAGAUCCAGCCUGUUUCAUCCUGUUUCGUUGAAUAGUGAUGCUCAUGUUGGCCUUAUGGCUCGCUGUAAUUUCAUCUGUUUAAUUGACAUUAGAGCGAGUUGGAGAACCAUCUGGAAGUGACUUUCCUGAUUCUCUUUGUUUGCUAAUCGUGUGCCCCGUGGAAAAUGAAAUCUUCCCAGAGUUCCAAGUCCAGUGAGAAGGCUCACCUAGGACUGUACCUCUGCCACACAAGAGAAGUCACCUGAGUACAAGGAGGGAAGAACCCCGGAGAGGCAAGUACAGAAUGGAGACGUAUCCCUGCACAGUAGUCCAAGGUCAGGGCCAGCAAAGCGAUCCAGAGGGACGCGCACACAUCGGGAGGCUCCUCAGGCUCCGUUCUGCAGCUGCACGGCUGGGCGUGGAGUUCUGGCUUCACCACUGCAUCGAUCGGAGCAAAUUCUGUUGUCUUCCCAACCUCCAUUACGAAUGGUCGGAAUGAUCGAGUGAAGAGAUGGAUAAUCCCCGGGUUCUUAAAUGAGCGUUUCCCACGCCCCACGCAUGUGCUUUCCAAUUGUAUGUUCAAUGUUUCCCGUCAGAAAGAUCUGUAUGAUCGAUACACUCUAAGAUUUGUUGAAACGUGAUUGUUCGCCCACUCACUGUAUGAUUAAAAAGUAUUUUUUUCUGAA